CUGAGCACUUCUCUGCUCGGCUCCAGUGAAAACUGUGUGUGUGCGAACUCUUCGCGCGUGUGUGUUGAGAGGAGUUUUUAUGUGUGUGCACAGGGUUGUGUGUUUUUCUAAGUGGAGCUGGAGUGGAGCUGUUCAUCAGUGGAGUUGACUGCAGACAGGGGAAUACUCAGAUCUCACUGCGCUGCCGUUUAACUUACACUCCGGCUGCCUUUUGGACUUUCUCUUUCUUUAAAAGUCUCACUGGACUCUUUUGCACCAAACUGUGACUCCGCUGCUGCUCUUUUUGUGCCCUCCAGGCACCAUCGCCACCACCGGAAUUACCACUUUUUUCACAUUUUUGCAGUGACUUCCACCUGCCUCGAACUUUGUUUCAUUCUUCCUUACUUUUUCUGGAGUUGAAGCUUCACGAGGAGUUAUUUCCACCUGAUGCCAGAUGAACUUCUUGGUUCAUUCACAUUGUAUUCAGACAUGCUCAAGCUUGAGAAUGGCUCUUUUGCAAGCACAUAGAAAGAGCUCAGUGAGUGUGUGUAGGUGUGUGUGAAGCACUCUCUAAUGUGAGUGAGAAAUCAAGAGGUAUUGCCUCAUAUGGACGUUUUGUUUUCUUUUUCAUUGCAAUGGAAAAACUGAGAGUUUGAAGAGCAAUAAGCAGGACUGUAACUAUGGAAACGGUCAGUGCUGUUGGAGGCACUUUGGGCUCAGGUGGAUGCUGAUCCCGACCUGGAAUGUUCUAAACUCUUUAGGAAUUUGGUUCCCCUGGAAACGGAUGGAGAGGUUACGAUUUCCAUGUGUGACGUCUUGGUCCCAUUUUGAAUGUGAGAGGUGAACUCGGUCGUCUUUCACGGAGGAGCACUGGAUAUACCAAAACAAACUCUUGAGAAGCAAGGAGGCCAUUGUGAAGAUUACACUGAACGCUAAGAAGGAAGACCGGAGACUGAAACUCCAAAAGGUCGAACAUAAAAAACUAAAACAAAACUAGCUGAAAGUAAUUGGACAUUAAUGGUCAGUGAAAUCAAGGACAAAAACUACAAACUACCAAACAAUCACUUUACAGGCUAACAGCCACUGCAGCCGUUGAAAGAAAGGCGCUUGUUCUCAACGUGUCAAGAUGAUGACCAUGAUGAUGAUGAUGGCGGCCAUGAUGGUCACCUGCAGCUCUCUCUUCCUGCUGGGACUGGCCGCCGCCCACGCGUCCUCCAGCACCACGACCCGCACUUCAUCUUCAUCCUCCUCUUCUUCCACCUCCUCCUCAUCCUCCUCACCACGCAUGAAGCUCUCAUACAAAGAGUUGCAGCAGUUCCAUGGUGUGCGCCGGUACGAGCUCGAGCGUUCCUGCUGCUUCAGUGCUCUGCUGCUGGAUGAAGAAAGAGGCCGUCUCUUCGUCGGGGCCAAGAACUUCCUGCUGUCCCUCUCGCUGGACAACAUCGCCAAGCAGGAGCACAAGAUCUACUGGCCUGCCCCUGUCGACUGGAGGGAGGAGUGUAACUGGGCUGGAAAGGAUAUCACCUCUGACUGUGUGAACUACGUGAAGAUCGUGCACCACUAUAACCGCACCCAUCUGUACGCCUGUGGGACUGGAGCCUUCCACCCUACCUGUGCCUUUGUAGAGGUGGGACACAGGAUGGAGGACCAUGUGUUCAGGAUCGACCCCUCUAAGGUGGAGGACGGGAAAGGGAAGAGUCCGUAUGAUCCCCGCCACAACGCUGCCUCUGUGCUCAUUGGCGAUGAGCUGUAUGCUGGCGUGGCCACAGACUUAAUGGGGCGCGACUUCACCAUCUUCAGAAGCCUGGGGAAACGCCCCUCCAUCCGCACAGAGCAGCAUGACUCACGCUGGCUCAACGAACCGAAGUUUAUUGGUUCCUUUUGGGUCCCGGAGAGUGAAAACCCUGAUGAUGACAAGGUGUUUUUCUUCUUCCGUGAGACGGCGGUUGAGGCCCAGGGACUUGGAAAAUCCACCUACUCCCGCAUCGGACAACUCUGCAGGAAUGACAUGGGCGGUCAGCGGAGUCUGGUGAACAAGUGGACGACAUUCCUCAAGACCCGUCUGAUCUGCUCGGUGCCAGGAGCCGACGGCAGCGACACGUACUUUGACGAGCUGCGCGAUGUGUUCCUGCUGCAGACGAGGGACAGAAAGAAUCCUCUGGUGUACACUGUCUUCUCUACUUCCAGCAGUGUAUUUAAAGGCUCAGCUGUGUGCCUCUACUCCAUGAAUGACAUCCGGAGGGCCUUCCUGGGGCCCUUUGCUCACAAAGAGGGGCCAAACUACCAGUGGGUCCCCUUCCAGGGAAAAGUCCCCUAUCCCCGCCCAGGAAUGUGUCCUAGCAAGACAUUCGGAAGCUUUGAAUCCACUAAGGGUUUCCCGGACGAUGUGAUCCAGUUUGCCCGUCACCACCCGCUGAUGUAUAACCCCGUUUACCCUAUGAGCCGCCGGCCCGUCUUCGUCAGGACCAACGUGGACUACAGCUUCACACAGAUUGCUGUGGACAGAGUCAGCGCCGCUGACGGACAGUAUGAUGUCAUGUUUAUUGGCACAGACAAAGGGACCGUACUAAAGGUCAUCAACGUCCCCAAGGAAAGCUGGAACAAUAUGGAGGAGCUUCUGCUGGAAGAGCUGGAGGUCUUCAAGGAUGCAUCAUCUAUCAUCAACAUGCAGAUCUCCUCAAAACGGCAACAGCUGUAUGUGGGCUCGGACACAGGCAUCGCCCAGGUCCCCCUUCACCGCUGCAGCGUGUACGGGAAGGCCUGCGCUGAGUGCUGCCUGGCCAGAGACCCUUACUGCGCCUGGGACGGGACCUCCUGCACUCGCUAUCUGCCAAACACCAAGAGACGUUUCCGUCGCCAGGACGUGAGGAAUGGAGACCCCAAUACUCUCUGCUCUGGAGACCACCACAAGCACCGCGUGGCAGAGAAGAAGUUGUACGGAGUUGAGGGAAGUAGCACUUUCUUGGAGUGUAUCCCCAAGUCCCUUCAAGCCAAAGUGACCUGGACCUUCCAGAAACAUCCGCAGAACCCCAGAGAAGAGGUGCGUCUGGAUGACCGCAUCCUGCAGACAGACAGGGGCCUCCUGAUUCGCCGCGUCCUGAAGAGAGAUAUCGGCGUCUACCAGUGCCACGCCAUGGAGUACGGCUUCACCCAAACUCUACUGGGCAUCACCUUGGAAGUGGUUCCCUCCAUAUCCUCCCCAGCCUCCAACCUUCCUUCCGACGCCCCCGUGCGCAGCGGAGGGGGGCCGGUCGUGACCAACCAAAAGCUCUGGUACCGGGACUUCAUGCAGCUGGUGGACCACCCGAACCUGAGCACCGUCGACCAGAUUUGCGAGCAGGUUUGGGCGCGCAAGCACGCCGGCGGUGACCAGGUGGAUAAGAUCUCUCCUGCUGCCGGCAAGGAGGUCCUGUCCGCGGGCCCCGCCGCCCGCCCGGCCAACAAGAAGUGGAAGCAUCUCCAGGAGAUAAGGAAGGGGAGAAACCGCCGGACCCACGAUGGGAAACCGAACCCUCGUGCACCGCGCAGCGCAGGGGAGUAACAACGUAGAGGAGAAAGGACGGAGGGAGAAAAGAAUGACUGAGAAAGGAGGAGUAGAGGAUAGAGACUGAGAGACCAAGAACUUCUGGAGGUGUCACACAUACAGACAAACACACACACACACACACACACACUCACAGACACACACAGACACACACACACACAGCACCUCCUGUAAUUGUGUAUAUUUAUCCAUGGAUGCCCCCACUAUAUUGUACACCCAUCCCUGAGUCCUCGUCCCCUCUGGCCAGCCCCUGCAUGUGCUGCCUUACUGCCCAAAUUGAUUCUGCACGAUCCCUUUACACUGUUCACUAGCAUAGCUGAGUGUUGAAGCAGGAAGUCAACACGUCUUUAUCUGUGGGCAAUAAACUGACACUCGCCUGUCAUCUCCUCUACCACUGACUGUGUAUGGAGCGCAGGAGGACGACCCAGCUCAGAAGUUUGUCUGUACACACCCUUACUGACAGCAUGAACACCUCCUCUCUGGACGACACCACUUGGAAAAACAAACAGCCCCAACGUUUCACAUGAAACAAAUCUCCUUUUCUUACUCGAACAUUUAAUACCAAUGCAGAAAAAUGGUGGACUUUUGAGUGUUGUGAAUAAUGGAGAAGAAUGGAGAAACGUGUCAACUGGAAUACGCAACCAAGUGAAGUCUCUAACUGGAAACACACAAUGACGCGUGCAUGCAGAUAAAACACUAUAAAAUAUUAUUUCUACAUAGAUCAAUGAAUUGAUCAACUUCCUGUGGUCCUCCCGGUGCACAUAUUUCCACUAAACUCACUCUUCACAUGGUUUUGUGUGCACAUUGUGUGCACGGUGUACAAUGCGGGUCACAGAUGAGGGGAGAGAUGUGUGGGGCAGCCUGUGGAAUGGAGCAGCGUGGUGUGGACUGUAUCGUAACUUUCGUUCUUAGCGGUUUCCUUAGGCACACUGAGGCUUUGUUGCAGCAGAAUAAAUCUCACAACACAAUGCAGUUACGGUUCGAGAGCAGACGCAAGUGGCCAGAUAUGAUUAUAUUACUUUACUGGUCCAAAACCACUAGAAAUUGAGGGGUGGAAAAACUACUGGCAUUCCAUGAUGUGAGCGAAAGAUGAGAUGUUUACAGUUCAGUACAGAAGUCAGUCUUCAAAGGCCCAAAAGUCCUUAUAAAACCUGGAUUACAUCUAAAAGAAGUUAAUCGUGUUUAAUGUAGCAUCUCUAACAUACAUAGAUAUUACAAUUAGCGAUGAAAGUGCAUAUAAAUAAAGAGUUUUGACAAGAUCCAAAUCUUCACGAUAAACUUCAAUAUUUAUUGCUUUUAUUAAACUGUGUUCAAAAUUUAGCGUGUUGAUAUUGAGACUGAUGAGCACGGUGGUUUGGGUGGACACCAUUAAAACAAUGAGGAGGAGGAGGAGGAGGAAAGAUCUUAGUGGACUCCAGGUUUGACAACCCACGUUUCUGGGCUUCAGUACAGUAUAUAUAUUUGCAUGAUAUUUAUGAGUGAAAAUAUGAUUUUUUUUUCUUUGUAUACUAAGUGGUACUUCUACUCCUAGCUCUUUUUCACUGUUCUUGCAUAUGUUUGUUUGUGAUAAAUACAUAUAUGCAAAAUAUUAUGAAAAUGACAGAUUUGUAAACUCCUCACUCGGCACAGAAAGCUGUUUCUGUGCUGCCCACAAUGCAUUUCACCUUCACCUUCCAUUUGACUUCAUUCACUGUUGUGGUCACUAGUGUACAGUCAUGAUUAUUGACUUUUGCUGCUUAAUAAUAUCAUCUCGUCUUAAUGGACAAUUAGUACAAUAAGGUCUCCCUUCUCUCUGUCUGUAGUCCGAUCUCUCUGUGUAUUAUCUGUAAAGAAACCUUGUUUGUUGGUUGUCUGUGCUAACAUGGUGUGUUGUAGCCUGCCCCCUAGUGUCCAUUGUGUGUACAGGCUCAGAUGAAGAGCUUACCUGUGGUACAAUUCUUUAUUAUAUCAUAGUCUAUCGAAAUGAGAGAAAGCAACUGGCCUUGUAAGAUAGAACAUUCAUAUACGAAAUCUCAUUAUGAUUUUAAAGACGGAUAAAUGGUCUUAUUUGUGCUGCUGCUGUCAUUUCUCACAAGAGUAAUGGCUUUAAAUAAUUUCCAGUAUGCGCAGACAAAAUGUAUUUUGUAAUAGUGUCCUUAUUUCCACAUCAGGCUUUGUCCAUGAAUUCACAUGAUAAUGUCCUUUGGAUCAAAGGAGGCAGCACAAUCUGGGCCUGUGAGUGGAUUUUAGAUGACCUGAGUCGUCGUUAUUUAAAUAUCUUCUUUAGAGAGAUGUAACUAACUCAUUAAACCGAUCUGAACUGACUGACUGACACCUGUAAAAGGGACACUCUGCAUUUUGACACCACAUUCAGGAAAAGGAUUAAGUGCAAAAAGGAGACAAAAAACAAAACUGAGUUUAAUCGAAGGCAGAUCUUGUUGGUCCAUCUGCGUUUCAUCACACAACUAUUACGUCGAGAGAUUAAACAUAAUUAGUCGCAUAUUUGUUUUGUUUUUUAACAAAACAUUAUUUACAUCAGUCGUCAUGACAGACUUGACAGAGUCUCCCUUUUAAACCAGCUGAUGUUUUGUCCUCUUUUGAAAUUGCAUGACCGAUGUUAGUGGCUAAUCGCGUUUGACAAUGGUGUGGUGGCAAGAAAGAGCAAAAGAAAGAAAGAAAGCACAAUGUUGAAUAUUAUUAUUAUUCCUAUGUAUUUAUGUGCAAAGAUAAGCUGAUGUGUUGUGGUGGAUUUUUAUUUUUCUUAUAAAUGUAGAUUUACAUCUGUAUCGUUCAUGUUCUGCUGAAAUAGGACUCAUCCUCAACAUUUUUUGUACAUGAUGGCCAAUGGGGAACCUCUUCCUGAACAGUGUCCAAUUAGAGUCUUCGUUGUUCACACAGCCCUCCAAUCAACACUCCUGUUGUAUAUCCCAUGCCAUGUGACGCACCCCUGUCUGACAGCACAAGGAGAGGCUUGUGUUUGUGUGUAUGUGUGUGUGUGUGUGUGUGUGUGUGAGCGAGAGAGAAGUGUGUGUGUGUGUGUGUGUUUUGUGUGUGUGAGCGAGCAUUAUGGGGGAAAGCAGAGCUCUGUAUAUAAUGGCAAAGGAACAGCAGUGUGCAUUUGUCGAGCGGUCUGAAGGUUCAAAGGUCAAGGCCAAAGUUAACAUGGUGCACUGUAAUUCUCCCAGAGGUCUUUGUGAAAUGUCAUGUUUUUGAUUAACACAAUAAAAAUAUGCAGUUACUUAAAAAUC